UCCCCUAGCGCGCAAGCGCACCGGAAGCGGGCUCAACCAGGGAAACAGCUCCUCCUUUCUACUAACUUACUCGAUUCGGGGCGUCAUCAGUGUGCGCUGUGGGUCAGUUGGUUUGUUUCUGUCUGCCGCUUUGAGGGUGAGACCGUGGCGUGGAAGACUCGCCUGGAACCUUGCAGUUGGAGCGAGUCGGACCCUACCUGCCAUGUCGGAGAGUGCGGAGAGUUCCGCGGGGGCCCACAGUUCCUCUGAGUCUUCCGCUCGGGGCUUCCCUGCUGCCCAGCCGCGAAUCAUCAAAAUCACGGUGAAGACUCCCAAGGAGAAGGAAGAGUUCGCUGUGCCCGAGACCAGUAGCAUCCAGCAGUUCAAGGAAGAAAUCUCUAAGCAUUUCAAGUCCCACACUGAUCAACUUGUUUUGAUAUUUGCUGGAAAAAUUUUAAAAGAUCAAGAUACUUUGAUUCAGCAUGGGAUUCAUGAUGGACUUACUGUUCACCUGGUCAUCAAAAUGCAAAAAAGAUCACAAGACCAUCCAGGUCAACAAACACACACCACUGACAGUAUUACUACCACAUCAAUAUCAAGCAGUAAUACCUCAACACCAAAUUCAACAAAUAUCAGUUCUUUUGCCUUGGGUAGCCUUGGAGGUUGGACAGGCCUGAGUAACCUGGGCUUAAAUGCAUCAAACUUCUCAGAGUUGCAAAGUCAGAUGCAGCAACAACUUAUGUCUAACCCAGAAAUGAUGGUUCGGCUAAUGGAAAAUCCAUUUGUUCAGAGCAUGCUUUCAAAUCCUGACCUGAUGAGACAGUUAAUUAUGGCUAACCCUCAAAUGCAGCAACUGGAACAGAGAAAUCCAGAAAUCAGUCGCAUGCUGAAUAAUCCAGAUAUAAUGAGACAGACACUAGAACUAGCUAGAAACCCUGCAAUGAUGCAGGAAAUGAUGCGAAACCAAGAUCGAGCCUUGAGCAACCUUGAAAGUAUACCAGGUGGCUACAAUGCCUUGCGACAUAUGUAUACAGAUAUUCAGGACCCAAUGUUGAAUGCAGCUCAGGAACAGUUUGGAGGUAACCCGUUUGCUUCCUUAGUAAGCAAUGAAUCAUCAGGAGGGGACAGUCAACCAUCUCAAACAGAAAAUAGAGAUCCUUUACCAAAUCCCUGGACUCCUCAGUCCAGCUCUCAGAAUUCCACAAGUACCAGCACCAGUGGUGAGAGCAGUGGCAGUAGUAAUGUUGGAAAUAGCACCUCUGCUAGUAUGGGACAGAGCUCAACUAUACCAAAUUGGGGACCUGGACUAGGAGUUGGUGUGUUCAACACACCAGGAAUGCAGAGCUUGUUCCAACAGAUAACAGAAAAUCCACAACUUAUGCAAAAUAUGUUGUCUGCACCCUAUAUGAGAAGCAUGAUGCAGUCAUUGAGCCAGAAUCCUGAUCUUGCAAUACAGAUGAUGUUGAAUAAUCCUUUAUUUGCUGGAAAUUCUCAACUUCAGGAGCAAAUGAGACAACAACUUCCUACCUUCCUUCAACAAAUGCAGAAUCCUGACACGUUAUCAGCUAUGUCAAACCCUAGAGCAAUGCAAGCUUUGCUACAGAUUCAGCAGGGCUUGCAGACACUAGCAGUGGAAGCACCAGGACUUAUACCAGGAUUGAAUCCUGGUUUAGGUGGAUUGGGAAGUACUGCAGCUCCUACAGGGUCCACUGUACCUAGUUCAAUUCCCAUUGAAAAUACAAGUCCAGUAUCAGGGGCCACUGAACCUGGUCACCAGCAGUUUGUACAACAAAUGUUGCAGGCACUUGCUGGCACAAAUGCUCAGGCUUCAGGUGAGACAUGCCUGGGUCCUUGCUGCUGACCUCCAAGGUGUCCGCCCUGACCUGUGACACCAGGGGCAGAGUGUGAUCACUGUUCAGCUUUCACAUGCUGACCAGCUCACCAAACACCGACCAGAUGAAAACACCGACCAGAUGAUCCCUCUACAAGCAGGGAAUGGACAUUCAUCUGUUCAUGUUUGAACUGUUGAUAUGUGUUCUGGUGAAUGGUGGCAGUUUUCACUAUUGUAUUAAAAUAAUCACUUAGUGUUGGAUUUUUCACUGUUGUAUUAGAAAUAGUUACUUGGUGGAUUUUUUGCAAGGAAAGACACCAGGUCCUUGGCACUCCAGGUAUCCUCAGGUCUCGUGAGUUGUAUUUGUUCUUCCUGGAAAGGGGCUGGGCAGCACAAAUACUUCUUUUUUUUAAUAUAUUUG